UGGCGCCCAGUCUGGGGUCUGGUCUGCCUUUCGCCCGAAGUUAGCUAGGCUAGAUGUUUUGAGCUCCUCCUUCUCGACGUCUCCUCGAUGAUUUCUUCGCCAUGAUUCUUUUGUCCAAUCAGCUCCUUUCGCCAAAGCGGCCAUUUUGUCCUCGCCAAAAGGCGCACGUCCGCUUUUCCUUCACCAAACUAUAACGUUUUAUAUAUUUUUUGGUAUAUAUUUUGAAACAUUUGUAAACAUUUUUCUAUUCAUCAAGUUGUUAUUGUUUUUUUGACAUGAUGUGGUCGACCUUCCUGGUGACGGACGAGGAGGGUCGCGCCGUGGGGCCGGCCGCCUCCCCCACUGUGGGGGCGCACGUGGGCGGGGCCGGCGGCGGCGGCGGACCCCAGGCCAUGGGCGGCCUGGCGGGCCUGAUGAGCGGACGCAGCACCUUCGGCGGGAACAAGCGGCGCCGGACCGCGCACGCCAUGACCGAAGCGCAGGAGGGGAAGAUCAAGCUGGCGUUCUUCGUGGCCAUCGUGGGCGUCAUCCUGACCGUGCUCGGGGUGGGCACCGAGUUUUGGGCGGAGCUGGCACCGCCCAAGAGUUUCUACGGCAACCGGACGUGCCCCGUGGUGCAUUUCGGGCUGUGGAAGGGUUGCACCAAGACGCUGUGGGUGGCCGACAUCGACCCGGAGAGGGAAAGCUGCGGACCCGCCGAGCUGCCUGGAGAGUCCAACUGCACGUACUUCAAGUUCUUCACGACGGGCGAGAACGCUGUCAUGUUCCACAAGACCACCCAAAAAAACCUGAACGUGGCGGCGGCCAUGUUGUCGUUGUUCAGCCUGGUGCUGAUGGCGAUGGGCGCCAUCUGCAUCAGCAUGGCGCUCAGCAAGGAGAUCGCAUUCUUCCUCAAGCCCGCGUCCGUCUGCUUCAUUCUGGCAGGUGUGCUGGUUCUGUUGUCCUUGCUGAUGUUCCAGCAGUCGGUGUGGUCCCUCCUGGCCAGCGACCACACGGUGCCGCUGCACCACAACUUCUCCUGGUCCGUGUCGUGCGUGGGCAGCGCCGGCGCCAUUUUGAUCGUGGCCGGGGUCCUCUUCCUGCUCCUGGCGCUGCCCUACAGCCCCUGGCGGAAGUGCCACAACGGCGCCGGCUAGCGGCCAGCUAGCGGCGACUUUUUGAGGACCGUAGACGUACGCGGGAAGCCGUUACCGCGUUUGUGUCUCACUUGAAUUGUCCGUGUACUAGUAUCGUCACUGCCAUCACUCGCGGAACGACCGGCGUUCUGGUAAGAUAUUUAUUUACAUGACAUAAAUUGACGCUUGCAUGCUAACAGGAUCAAGGAUGUGGAACGAAUCUUGUCACGCUUUGCCAUCGACAAACUUUGGUCGGCAAAUUGUACUUUACGCCACCGUGGGGAUAUCCGAACAUUUCUUCUUGCUGUUUGGAGAUGUUACGAGCGGAACUGUUUUUCACUCAAAAGUCACAUCUGAUGUGACUUUGGCUAACGCUUAAGCCUUAAAAAGGAGGAUGUCAAUUUCGCUGUCGUCGUUCCUAUUUAGCGAAAAUGUCCCCUGCUAUUUGUAGACUUGAAGGUUCUUUCUGUAUUACAGAACUACUUGGAACUAGAACCUUCACUUGGGACGAGUACAUUCUGUUUGGACUAGUAUCCAUUUUCUAUCUCUUGAGGCUAGAACCUUCUCUUCUUUGGGCGAGAACCUUCUGUCGUCGUUUUUAUGCUUUCACAAGCAGUAUUUCCUCAACAGAAGUAGUAAACUUAUUUUUUUUGUUUAAUCUAUGACUUAAGGCAUUAAGUUAGCGUACAUUUUUGGAUUUUCACUUUCUGAACUCGAGUCGGUUUGACUCGCGUUCGUUUAUGGGGCACGUGUGCCACAUCCAAUAUGGCAGACGCCUGCGUGUUAGGUUUGGCUGUGGCCACGCCUUUUCCCUCGUCUGACCGGAAGUCUUAAAGUGGCGGACUAGGCUAGCCGUUAGCGGUUUGCUAGUUUGCUAACGCGGGAGUUGCGAUAUGACCGCGGAAACGUGAUAAAAAUAGUAAGUGUGCUCAUAUAUUAAGUCUUAUAUAUUUGCGUACUAUUCCGUAUGUUGAAUGUGUAUCAUUGAACACACACACAA